CCAUAAAAGCUUUCUAUGCAAUUUGUUGUCAUCUUUUCAGGUGAUAAGUGUUUCCAUUAUCUAGUACUCUAUAAAAGUCUGCCACCAGAGCUUAUAGUUUGUCAGUCGUUAAACAAAAGUGCCGCUGAAAACCUUAGUGCAAAAAAAUAUUAUUACUUAUUUAAGAGUUUCUAAACAGAGUUAAGAGAAUAUAACUAAGAGCUAUCACAAAAAGCUCGUUAUUAAAUUUCGACGAGAGAAGAGAGUACUUCGGAAAUCCUCAUACGUGCCCUGAAAAUGUCAGCAAAUAAGCCCUUCAAAGUGCUGAUCGCGCAUACUGAUGUUCCCCCCGAGGGACUAGAAGUCCUAAAGGAGAAAUGCGAAAUCCUUCAAGUGGAAAGCGAACCACCCAACAACAGGCUCGAGAUUCUGGAGAAGAUCAAGGGCGUUCACGCUGCCAUUUGGGGCGGUCGAGAUAUCCUCAAUGCUGAAAUUUUGGAUGCCGCUGGUCUGCAAUUCAAAGCGGUAUCCACCAUGUCCUCGGGAAUCAACAAUGUGGAUGUCCCGGAGCUAAAGAAGAGGGGUAUUCCACUGGGCAGUACUCCUGCAAUGCUAACUGUGGCGGUGGCCGAUCUCGCAGUGGGAUUGCUAAUCGCUGCUGCUCGGAGAUUUCAGGAGGGUCGAAGAAAGAUUGACAGUGACAAUUGGGAUAAAGACCAUCUGGACUGGCUGCUGGGACAAGACAUUCGUGACUCCACCGUGGGAUUCUAUGGCUUUGGAGGCAUUGGCCAGGCAGUGGCCAAGCGAUUGUCCGGAUUCGACAUCGAUCGAGUGCUCUACACCACUAGGAAUCGUGUGAGUAAGGAAAUCGAGGAGCAAUUCAACGCCAAGAAGAUCGAUUUCGAUACUCUCCUGGCGGAAAGUGAUUUUCUUGUCAUUGCAUCACCACUGACAAAGGAAACGCAGGGCUUGUUUGAUGCCAGCGCAUUUAAUAAAAUGAAGAGAACAGCUGUGCUGAUCAACGUUGGACGAGGCAAAAUUGUCAACCAGGAUGAUCUUUAUGAUGCCCUCAAAGCAAACAGAAUAUUUGCAGCUGGCCUAGAUGUUAUGGAUCCUGAGCCUCUUCCGUCCAAAGACAAAUUACUGGCUCUAGAUAAUGUUGUGGUCACUCCACAUGUUGGCUAUGCCACCAAGAGAACGCGCAUCGAUGCUGCCACUUUGGCCUCCCACAAUGUACUUCGAGGAUUGGCUGGUGAACCUAUGCUGUCACCCGCUUAUUAAAAAUUAUUAAAGAUGUACCCUUAUAGUGUAAUAAAGGUUCCUUAAAAAUCGAAUAUAUUAUAUGGUAAUUGUUUGAAAAAGGA